GCAGCAAGAUCAUAGCUGAACUCCCCAGAAUGGCCACUAAAAACAUUUGGCAAAGAUUGGCUCAAGAUAGUGGUCUAUUUAUGCGUCACAUUAAAAAGACAUUUAUUCUGCUGCUCACAUUAGCAUUUUUAUUGUCUGCUGUUGCUUAUGUCUCUGGUUUCUCUUUUGACACAAUUGCAUUCUCUCAAACCUGGUUGACUAAAAUCAUGAAUCAGACUCAUUAUAAGGUAAUUAAAAGCACUUCGGCUGAUCGUACUCAAAAGGAGUUAUUAGCACCUUUGCCCAAUCAACAAAUCCAACAAAGAGGUACAACUAUCUAUCAUCAUGUGGCUCAUCCAAGCAACUAUCAUUUCAUCUUGGAUGAACCUGAUAAAUGUAAGGAGGAUCCGUUCCUUGUCUUUAUGGUCCCUGUGGCCCCCCAUGAGCUGGAGGCCCGUAACGCCAUCCGGAGCACAUGGGGGAAUGAGAGCUCAGUCCAGGGAAAAGCAGUGCUGACUCUGUUCUUGGUGGGUUUGACUGGAGGAGCUGAAGCUCAACAGCAGCUGGAGGAAGAGAGCCGACAACACAGAGAUUUACUGCAGAGCAACUUUGUGGACUCCUACUUCAAUCUGACCAUAAAGACCAUGGUGAUCAUGGACUGGCUGGCCACUCAUUGCCCUCAAGCAAGUUUUAGUAUGAAGGUUGAUUCUGACAUGUACAUAAACGUGGAGAACCUGAUGACCCUCCUGUUGUCACCCAACACACCCAGACAGAACUACAUCACAGGGUAUUUGAUGUGGGACCGGCCUGUUAUCAGAGACAAAAACUCUAAAUGGUACGUGGCAGAGGAAUUGUACCCUGAACCGAAAUACCCCACGUACCUGUUGGGAAUGGGAUAUGUUUUCUCCAAUGACCUGCCAGAAAAAUUAGUUGAGGUUUCCAAGGAAGUAAAGGCCUUUAACAUAGAAGACGCAUAUGUGGGCACUUGUCUGAAACAGAUGGGCGUGGCACCCUCAUCUCCCCCAGACCCUGCACAGUUUACAGCAUAUCUGGACCAAUAUAAUCGAGAAGAUUUUCUCAGAGUUAUCACGACAAUCCUGGGAUCCCCAAAGCAGCUAAUAGACAUUUGGAAGGACGUAAAGAGGCCCAUAUAAAAGUACUGGAGCACAAAAAAAAAAAGUUUUAAAAGAGAAGUCUAUUUAAGGCCUCAGUCAAUGAACAUUUUUUAAAUGUCUGAAGCUGAGACUGGUACUAUGACAUACGCAUGUGGACAUGCUGACUCUAUUUAGAAGGGGGCAGGGGAUCAUCUGAGGAGCCACCCACGCAAAAUGCACUCCUGUGGAAGAACUUCUUGAGACACAUUUUUAAAUUUUAACUUCUUUUAGUUUUUCCUAAAUCAAUGUUCAGUGAAAAUUCAACUCAAAUGUGCCUGCCCAGUCUUAAAAGAGUAGGCCUAUUUAGUGAGCUUGCAGAUUCGUAAAAAAAAAAAAAAAAAAAAAUUAUCUAUUUUUGUUUGUGAACUGUGGGUUUCAUUUUACUUUUAAGGUUCAUAUUCUUAAACAAUGAUCUCAGCCUUGCAUUUGUUUUUGCUUUGGAUAGAACUGUGCUAGAUUUUUAUAAGGAAAUUUUGAGAUGCACUAUUCUCAAUUGUAGCCUCUCACACAGGAUAUUAUGCAAAUCAGGAUACACCCAGUUUUGACAAUGCUACAACUUAUAUGAGUUAGAUUACCUUUACAAGUUACCCAGCUGGUAAUAUGAACACAUGGUUCUAGAUUUCUAAGCAGUAACUAAUAAUUUUGGGCAGAAAAACUUCCUGUUUGAGUGGGCAGCAGGUCAACUCAUCACCCUUUUUCCCUCCAAAAAAAAGCUAAAGCAUUUCUCCAUUGGCUUUGGGAUUACUCCAGGAAAUAAACUUUAAAGUUUAUGAUUCUUAGACAUUUUAUCAAAAUAAUAUUUACAAAUCAACACAACCUUUAUGAAUUUUGAAGCCUAAAAUAUAAUCACUAGCCACUUUAUUUGCAUUCCUGCAGCACCUGAAGGCUUUCUAAGUAAUGAUCCCUUUCUGAAGAUACAUAGCUCCAUCAAGUGGUCACACAGUAACACAACGUCCUAUGGGCCUCUUUUAUGACACACCAGCAUAAAUUAAUUAUGUUUUUUUGCAUAGGGAUGUGUCCUGCAUACCCAUGAAAUGUAUGAAAAAAUGUUGAUAUCCUACAAGGAAACGAUCACCGAUGGUUAGAAUUUUACUUUUUCGUUUUGUCAGAAAAAGCAAUGUCUUUAGACAUUUAUGUUUAAAUGCUGGUGACUGUUAUGAAUUACUGUUCGGUCAGUAAAUCAAGACGAGCUGUUUACAUAAUAAAUUAAAUUAUGAGCCACAAUAAA